ACCUCCUCCCCCACGAUACCUGACAGUCAGGCCAUCAGAAAGCGUGCCUCUCUUGCAAAGCAGUCUUCUCUCCACUCACCUGCACCAUUUACCAGCCAGGCCAAGGUGACCGCCUGGCUCCAGUCUUCAGACGACAUGGACAGGUGCACCAAAGAACUGUCUGUAUGCGAGGCUCAGUUGCUGGAACUAAAUCACUUGUUAAGAAGUAUGGAGGUGUUACACCGUACAUACUCCGCCCCAGCCAUCAACGCUCUGCAGGCUUCAACAUAUGACAGCCCCAAAAAAGAGAAGAGGCAUCCCAGAAAAUGGCGUCCUAAGAAUUACGGCAAAGACAACAAAACAACCCUGCAGGUUCCAAGCUGUAUGUCGGCAGGCUCUGUACGUCUCCAUGCAUCCAAUCCCAACCUCUCUUCAGUAGACCUGACCACUGAGAAGACCUAUCAUGAACCUCUGGACUCUCCUAUAGACGUAUCCAAACUACAGGAAGAUUUCUGCCGAGUUGCAAACAACCUUCAUACAACCAUGAAAUCAGCGCUGUGUAUGCUGACUACAGAGAAGGAGAGAGUUAAAACAGAUGCUGGAGCACGAGCCUUGUCCGUCACCGUCAGCUCAGCUUCUGGGACUGAAGAACGCUCUGACUGCAGUACGAACACUAGCUCACACACUUCCUCUCUCUCUGGACGUAUCCUCAUACUCAACACUGCUUACUAA